AUGCAGCUCGGCUUCACAUUUUCACUGCUCCUUGCGAGCCUUCUCGUUCUGCUUUCUGGAGUCGAGGCUGCACCUACGAAGCGAAGUGGUCUGGUCACCCUUCCUCUCAAGAGGAUUACCCAGACCCGCUCAGAUCUUCACCCGCAACUUCUGCAACAGCACAUCAACCGCGGUCUCAAGCGCUAUGCGCGCAUGACUGGCCGAGAUGAGCCAAGUGCCCUCGAGCUGCGCGCGAACCUUCACAAGAGGCUCUACAUCCCUGCUGAAGGACGCCCCGGUCCACGCAGGGUGAAUUCCAAACGGUUCAACAGACAUGGAUCGAAAGGCACGCAGGCUGCGACCUCCGCCAGCAGCGCGACCUCCACCGGCAGUGCAGCCGGUAGCGGUGCAGGUUUCUCUGAGAUUGAUUUGGAAGCUGAAGAUAACGGCGGCCUUACGGAUGCCAACCCGCCUACCGCGGCCAACUCUCUUGGCCUUGACAUUGAGGCUUACGAUGUUGGUUAUAUCGCCACUGUCCAGAUGGGAACCCCGCCUCAGGACUUCAAGCUUCUCAUGGACUCCGGUUCCGCGGAUCUCUGGGUUGGCGGUGAGCAAUGCCAAUCGACAGAGGGUGGAAAUUGCGGCAAUCAUACCUUCCUAGGCAAUCAGUCCUCCUCGUCCUUCGUCGACUUGGGCAGUCAGUUCCAAGUGACUUACGGAUCUGGUGCUGUUCAAGGUGACAUUGUUACCGACAACAUCAAUGUCGCUGGCCUCGCCUUGAACAAUCACACCUUCGGUGUCGCUACUGUUGAGACAGAUGAUUUUGCCGAUGACUCUGUGCCCUUCGACGGCCUGAUGGGUCUUGCGCAAUCCACAUUGUCGGAGCAGGGUGUUCUUACGCCCGUCGAAUCCCUCGCCCAAGCCGGCCUCAUCAGCGACGCUAUCACCUCGUUCAAGAUCUCCCGUCUUGCCGACCAGAAGAACGACGGCGAAGUCACCUUCGGUGGUCUUGACCCGACCAAGUUCGAUGCUGCGACGCUGACCACCUUCAACAAUGUCAACACGGAAGGCUUCUGGGAGGGCGCCAUGAGUACUGUAUCCGUUAACGGCCAGGAUCUGGGUCUCCAGGGCCGCACUGCUAUCCUCGACACCGGCACUACCCUCAUCAUCGCACCUGAUGCCGACGCUGCCGCCGUCCACCAGGCCAUUCCCGGCGCUCAGUCCGACGGCCAGGGCGGUUUCACGCUCCCAUGCACCACCAACGCGAGCGUCGCCCUGACAUUCAGUGGUCAGCAGUUUGCGAUUGAUACUCGUGAUCUUCUGUUUUCGCCAGUCGACCCUACCAAUCUCACUGGUGACUGUGUCUCCGGUAUCUCCUCUGGCCAGAUCGGUGCUGCAACAGAAUGGCUGGUGGGAGAUGUCUUCCUUAAGAAUGCCUACUUCUCUACCGAUGUUGGCAAAAACCAGAUUUCGCUCGCUAAACUCGUGUAG